AUGGUAUCCACGCGACACCAUCCCCGCGAAUUCCCCUCUCCAGAGCGCGCCGCGAAAGAACUAGUCAAAUCGCCACCAGCGACCACAAACGCCAACUCGCGCAAAUGGACCCAUACACCCGCUGCAGCCCUGACAAUCUGGCUGAUUUUCUCAGUCCCCCUAGUCCUCUGGGAUGCCAGUUAUGUCUUGUUGCGACCGCAUAGUAUGCCUGGCGGAAGGCUGCACUCGCCCGUGUUCGCGCCUUACGCGCUAUACGGCACGAUCGACUAUAUCUACGGAUGGCCUGCGUUCAACGCGCGCAAUGGCUUCACCGCCGCGCAGACCAUCAUGAACCUGAUCGAAACUAUCGGGUACAUCUGGUACCUCUCCAUCGUGUACUUGUAUGGAUCGACGGUUGUGAGCGGUCGCGGAUCGCAACAGGGCUCCAAGGGCUUCUUGUGGUUGUUGAAGGGGAAUAAGGUAGUUGCUGGGCGGAUUGGUGCGCUCGCGCUUCUGGUCGCAUACACCGCUUCGAUCAUGACCCUCAGCAAGACUAUUCUCUACUGGCUCAACGAGGUCUUUUCGGGCUUUGACAAUAUCGGCCACAACGAUCCACUUGCUCUCAUUCUCUACUGGAUUAUUCCCAAUGGCGCAUGGAUUAUAUUCCCUAGCUAUAACAUCUAUUUCCUUGGAGGAGAGAUUCUGAGCUCCCUCGAGCUUGCGACACCUCGCCAGAAGGUUGGACGACCAAAGUCCACCUAG